AUGGCUCGCACCAUAUUUGAACCUACAGUCUAUGGACGUGGUUUGUUGGAAGUCCAAAACGAUACGAGCAUGACCAUGAUAACACGCGCUAUGACGGCAAUCGAUGAAACAGAACAUGAUUUGCUCACCAAGCUCUUUGAGCUGGAAGGAAUUGGCAUAUCUCCUAAUGAAAGUGCCGAAAGCUCGCAAGUCGUAGAGUACUACAAAGAAUACUCUGAAAAGAUUUCCUUCGAAAACGGCGUUGUAACAACACCCUUCCCGCUUACUCCUGAGGUAGCGGACCUAGCCGACAACUACCCGUCGGCAGUGAAGCGCUCGAUAAGCCUCCACCGUCAACUGGAGUGCAACCCUGUGCAGAAACGCUGGUAUUGGAAAAUAAUGGAGCAGUACGAAAAUGAUGAUAUCAUUGAGAGAGUAGAUGGAGAAAUGCCCAAUUUAGCUGGUGUAUAUUACAUGCCUCAUUCUGGAGUGUGGCGUAAACACAAACCGAAACCACUGAGGAUUGUAUUCGACGCAUCCUCCAAACGAAAGGGCCAACUUUCUUCAAGCGACGUGACACUCAAAGGGAGUCCCAAUAAAAUUCAUGAUAUCGUCGUCGCCAGCCGAGUAAGCAACAUCAUAGUCCUUUGUGAUUUUAAAGCUGCUUUUACUCAAAUAAGACUGCAUAAGCAUCAUAGGGAUCUCUGUAGAUUCCUUUGGCUGAAGAACCGAGACAGACCACCCACUCGGGAUAACGUUGUGGAAUACAGAUUCAAGAGGGUACCUUUCGGAGCCAAACCCUCGCCAAGCAUUCUGAACAUGUCUCUAUUGACAUUCCUCAAGUCAAAAAAGACGCCGCUCGCGGAAGAAAUUCUUGCCAAUUUUUAUGUUGACAAUAUCCUUUUCUGUGCAAGUAGCCCCAACGAGGCAGUUGCUAAGUACGAGGAAAGUAAACAACUUUUCGCUGAGAUAUGA